CUUGGAAUCCCGUUUCCGCCCGCCGCAACUAUCCUGCGCAUUUCUACCAAUCUAAUGAUCAUUAGGUCUAAGCAAAAUAGCUUCCAGAAACAUGGAGACAGAGUCGCAUUUGAAUACUUCUAGACCUCAAUCUAGGUCCUCCUCUAUCCCUGGGAACCGAGCUUGCGCGAACUGUGCUCGAGUAAAAUGCAAAUGCAUUUAUCGGACCGACGACGCCACUUGCGAAAGAUGUUGCCGUCUCAAAAAGCAGUGCGUAGCAUCGAUUUCUGUUGGGUGUCGCACCGCAAAGCGUCGCCAGACUUCUAGAACAUCUAGACUUGAAGAGAAACUCGAUGAACUUGUGUUGCGCCUGGAGGCCCAGCAGCGUGCCAGAAGCAAGGGGAUGAUAAAUGAAUUAGAUAAACCCGGAGAGCAAGACCAAAGUGAAUCUAACGCGGAGAGUCUACCCAUCGCCUCCUCGACACCGGCAACACUUACCGAGAACCUUGGGGGGCCAACCUUGAUCUGCAGGGGGAAAACGCUGGAGUCAAGUUCUUCCUACCUUGAUGAGCCAACCCCCUCAGAAGCUGAGGAGUUGCUGAAAAGAUUUCGCGAAGAUACCAUAGGGUUCUUCCCAUUCGUGUAUAUACCCCCGCAUGUGACAUCUCAGCAGCUUAGAGAGGCAUACCCUUUCCUAUGGCUGAAUAUUAUGUGUAUAGCGCAAGCUUCGCACAAAGAACGGCUCUCUCUUAGUGACCAAGCAAGAAACAUCGUAGUCCAGAAGGUUGUCGUUAAUAGAGAAAAGAGCCUGGAUCUUCUACUAGGACUCCUUGCCCUUGUAGGUUGGUCACAGCGACAACGAAGAGAAAAAGACAAGCCAUUCUGGACAUUAUUCUCACAACUUAUCGCUACCUUGGUCUGCGAUCUAGGUCUUCAUAUGCCACAGCCUGAAAACGCACCGAUGUUCUGUGGCCUUGGCAAGGAUAACGAUUCGCGAAUAUCCAACCUCUUCGGAACGCCGACUCACGAUGUGCAACGGGCUGUGUUAGGCGCGUUUUUUCUUACUUCUAGGGUAUCUAACAUCUUUAAACAUGCCCCUGGCCUCCGUUGGUCUUCUCAUCUUGACAGCUGCCUUUCAAGUCUCGCCCAGGAAAGCACAGUAUCUCAAGAUGAGACUCUAAUCGCGCUAGUAAAGAUGCAGCUGAUUAUAAACCAAAUACAUGAUGAAUCCCAAACCAGUGGUGGUGGUAAUCUCCCAGCUCUCUAUCUAUCCGCUCUACGAUCGCAACUACACGAAAUAUCCAGGCGGGAGAAGUUUACUACUGCUGCUAGGAAUCAUCCGAUAACCUCAAUGUUUUACCAUUAUACAGAAGUUUUAAUCAGCGAAUCCGCGAUAAGUAAACCCCUCGCAUCUUGGAAUGAGCCAGAUAUGCGACGUUUUGAGGUCUACCAGAAUUGUCUUGUAUCGAUUCAAGCGUUCCUUGACGCAUUUUUCGAGCUGCCUAUCUCUUUAUUAGAAAGCAUGCCUUUCACCAGCUACCCACAAGUUGUCCGUGUCAUGAACUGUCUCCAAAGGAUCACAACCAUUCAAGAUCCCGCAUGGGAUCGAGCCGCCGUUCGAACAAGUAUUGACUUACUUUCGACAUGCGACAAGAUGAUCGCUAUACUUGAAUAUUUGAAAGCAUCAGCGACCUUAGCUUCAAGAGACGGCAGCGAAGACCAGACGCAUAAUUGGGGCCUCCUUGUAUUCCGGAAAUUGAGAGAGGCAUGGCAAAAUGACCUCGACUCUAUGGAUGCAGAGAGUACAGCGCGUCGAGAAGUUCCUCUCCCAGGCGGUAUAUUCACGUCGCCUAUGAUGUUUGUGGGCGAUCCUUGGUUCUCUGACACAUGGAACGGAUUUUGGAAAUAAGUGCAUGGGCACGUAAGGCUUCAAGGGCUACAUUAAUGGAGCUCUCAACCCGCCAAAGGUUUUCCCUAUAUCCUAAAUAGGUAGUUCCAA